CAGGCGGGCGGGCCGAGCGCCGAGAUGAGCCUGGCGGAGGGCCGCGCCCCGCGGCGCACGGCCGGCAAUCGCCUCUCGGGGCUGCUGCAGGCCGAGGAGGAGGACGAGUUCUACCAGACCACCUACGGCGGCUUCAACGAGGAGUCGGGGGAUGACGAGUACCGCGGGGAUCACUCUGACAGCGAUGACGAGGUGGACUCGGACUUCGACAUCGACGAGGGCGACGAGCCGGGCUCGGAGCAGGACGAGGCCGAGCCCCGGCGGCGGCGCCGCGUGCUCACCAAGGCCUACCGGGAGCCGCUCAAGAGCCUGCGGGCCAAGAAGGCCGAGGGGCCGCGGGGAGGCUCCCAGAGGAGCCGGGAGGUGAAAUCCGCGCCCCUGGAGCUGCAGGAGGACGGGGGAGACAGCAGGAAGCAGCGCCAGUCCACCACGGAGCACACCCGGCAGACGUUCCUGGCAAUGGGAUCCAAGGGGGGAUCUCCUGGAAUGGGAACCCUGACCCAGGAGGAGCUGCUGGAGGAGGCCAAGAUCACCGAGGAGAUCAACCUGCGCUCCCUGGAGAACUACGAGCGGCUGGAGGCCGACAAGAAGAAGCAGGUGCAGAAGAAGAGGAAGAUCGUGGGCCCCGUGAUCCGGUACUGGUCCCUGACCAUGCCCCUCCUGCCCGAGCCCCGCGAUGACCCCGUGGACGUGGAGGGGUGAGUGCCCCCAGAACCCCAAAUCCCGGCCUGGAGCUGCCCCACAGCGGCUGGGCAGCACCUCAGAGCUCCCAGAUCCCAAAAUCCCGGUUUUGGCGGGUGGAUUUGGGCACUGGAUCCCAACCUGGGGCUCUCACCUUGGAACCCCCUAAUCCCAUGGAAAAGCAGGUUUUGGGCCCCAAAUCUCAUGGGAAAAACAUUUCUUGAGCUCCACCUUGGCGAUCUCAAAUUCCACAUUCGAGUUGCAGUUUUUGAGGCCCCAAAUCCCUUUGGAAUCGCAGUUCUUGGGCACCGCCUUGACGAUCCCAAAUCCCCUGGGAAUUGCGGUUUUUGGGCACCACCGUGGCCAUCCCAAAUCCCCCAUCGGAGCCGCACCUUUUCAGCCCCCAAAUCCCUUAGGACCCCCCCUUUUGGCCACCCAAGUCCCCCAUUGGAGUUGCAGUUUUUGAGAUCCCAAAUCCCCUGGGAAUUGCGGUUUUUGGGCACCACCGUGGCCAUCCCAAAUCCCCCAUCGGACCCCCUCACCUUUCGAGCCCCCAAAUCCCUUAGGACCCCCCUUCUGG